GGAAGCACGACAAGUUGAGGCCUUUCAGCAGCUUCCUGAUGCUCUCAUUGUGAUGGCGAGGCGUUUCCGUGACUUUGGAAUCGCUCCUUGGCUCGUGAGUGCGUGUGAGAGCCUCAACCUCACCACUCCCACGCCCAUCCAGCAGAAAGCCAUCCCUCUGAUCCUCAAGGGCAACGACCUGAUCGGGACGGCACCCACCGGCAGCGGCAAGACUGCUGCGUACUGCUUGCCCAUCCUCCACCACCUCUCGGCUGACCCCUAUGGCGUCUAUUGCCUCGUCCUGGUGCCAGCAAGGGAGCUGGCCUUCCAAAUAGCGGACCAUUUCUCGGCCCUUGGGGCGCCCAUGCGUGCUGUGGUCAAGGUGGUGGUGGGCGGGAUGGACAUGCUCACACAGAGCACUGCGCUCGCUAACAGGCCACAUGUGGUACGGUGGCUGAGUGGAUGGGAGGGGAGGGUGAUAGUGGCGUGUAUGUGUGUGUGUGUGUCAGGUUGUUGCGACGCCUGGUCGUCUGGCUGACCACCUGAAGAACCCAGAAGGGUCAGCAAAGCAGGUCUUCAAGCAACUCAAAGUGAGCCGCACACACACACACACACGUGCCUUCACCAACACACUGUAUAUUUCUCUGUGUGUGGAUGCAGGUGUUGGUAUUGGAUGAGGCAGAUCGGCUGCUGGCCAAGUGCUUCGAGCCAGACCUCAGUGUGGUAACCACAUCACCACGAACACUGAUGCGUUUGUUGCGAGUGCCCUCACGCCUGCCAGUCUGUCUGGCGUCAUGGCAUGUAUGUCAGAUCUUGGAGGCCAUUUGUCCGCGCAGCCAGGGCCGGCAGACCCUCCUCUUCUCAGCCACGGUGACCGAGAGCAUCAAGCAGAUGCGCCACCUAUUCUCAGAGGACAAAAUGCCACUCGUCAACGCACACGGGGCAGAUGGGGCGGACGGUGAGGGUGAUGACGAUGCGGCCGGGGAGGUGCCGGUGAAGCAUCUGCAGCAGCGGUAUGUGUUUCUGCCGUCGACCUUCUCGGUGCGGCUGGCGUACCUGCGGCACAUAGUGGAUGAGCAGCUGGGGGCGAUGGAGAGGGAGGGCCACCCGCACGGACAGGGGAUCGUGUUUGUCGCCACUUGCGAGUGAGUCAGAGAGAUAGAUGCAGGGAAGAGGCAGGGAUAGAUGGAGCGAUGGAUGGCUCAUUUCUGCAUUCUCUCUCUCUCUCUCUCUCUCUCUGUGUGUGUGUGUGUGUGUGUCUGUCUGUGUGUGUGCUUGAUUGAUGCAUUCAUUCAAUGCUCUGCAGGACAUGUCAGCUCUUGACGACCACUCUUGAGCAUUUGGGUGUGUCGGUGACGGCGCUCCACUCACUCCAGAACCAAAGACGGCGAGUCGCCUCACUCGGUCAGCCAGCCACCCACCCCACCCAGCCCAGCCAUCAUGGCAUGUGUAUGUGUAUGUGUGUGUGUAUGUGCGCCUCAGGCAAGUUCCGCAGCGGCGUGUCACGGAUUCUGAUAUCGACCGACGUCGGCAGCCGCGGCCUGGACCUUCCCAAAGUUGGCUUCAUCGUCAACUUCGACCUCCCCCACCUGACCGACGCUGCCGCCACCUACCUGCACCGAGUGGGCCGCACAGCACGCGCAGGCCGCCAGGGGCUCGCCGUAUCCUUCGUCACGGAGCGGCCGAGAGACGUGGCUGCCGUCCACGCCAUCGAGGCCAAGAUUGGGAAGCAGCUGCAUGCGCAUGAGACUAACGAAGAUGAGGUGCUGAAGGGCCUUGGGAAGGUGUCCAAGGCGGUCAACAAGGCGCAGCUGCUGCUGAGUGAGGUGGGGUUCGAUCAGAAGGUGGAGGAGAGAAAGAAGAAGCGCAAGAGAGGAGAGGGGCAGGGGCAGACGGCCAACGGUGACGACGCCGACAAGGCGAGAAGGGUGGGUAGGCAGGGAGGGGAGACGGCCUCUUGAAGAUGCCGAUGGAUGCUUAGGCUCUCUGCAUAUUGUGUGUGUGAGUAAUGGACUUACUGUGGAUACUUCCAUGAAUGCUGUCCAGAGAGCCAAUGACUCCUUUCCAUUGCCGAUCGGCGGCCGCUCGUUUGGCGGUGGUGGACUGCCGAUCGGCGGCCCUCAUUGCCAACCGGCGACCCCGCCGAAUUUACGAUGCACUUUUUGUCCCUUUGGCGGUAGCAUUAUGCCCCGAUUCAAACAAUCGGAUGAGUAUUAGGGCAUCGAGCGUAGCAAAGGCAAGAAGGAUUUCCUGAUGAACAAGGACCUCCGCGUACCCAACCGCACACCACCACACCCACCCCCCUCACUCACACACGUCUGUGCGUUUGUGUGUGCGUGUAUGCCUUCCUUCCUUCCUUCUUUCUUUUCCCCCUCCCCCUGUGUGUGCGUGCAGUUCUCCGUCAAAUUCCGCAGCGACGACAUCGAUGGGGGCAGAUGGCAGCGCGGCCGGAAGCGAUGGCUGUUUUUCGAGCGGCACGGCAACGCCACUAGGGGGUAUGGGACGCUGCAGAGCGAGUCGGGCAUCGCCAAGAACAAAGUGAUCCGGUACGAAAGCCACACGGGUGCAUGCAUUCCAAUAGUACACCAACGCACCCUGCAUUUCACGCGUUUGCAGGUUCUCAUGGAAGUGGAAGGAGGUAUGCACGCCAUGGAUGGAAUGGUGGCAUGCCAUGUGCCGACCGACAGGUGCUGUUGGUGAUGGUUGCGUUGUUUGUGUGGGUCACUGCAGGAUUGGAAGAACUGCAUCGUGUUCAAAGGGCGCCACGUACGAAUGUCCAUUUAUCCAUGCAAGGAAGGACCCAGGCGUAUGUGUGCAGGUUGAGGGCAAGAUGUGGGUUGAGAGCAAUCAGACCGGCCGCAUCUUCCGCCGUAUGGGCGACUGGACCGUCACCAGAAAGGGGGAAGAGGAAGAGGUCACACACACCCACCCACUCUCUCUCUCACACGCACACGCACACUCACACACUCACAGAGACACGAACCCAUGACGCAUGCAUGUGUGGAUGUGUGCAGGUGGUGACGAAGGGCGAUGACCUGAUCGCGAAGGACAACGACCUCGGCUUCAUCGUACGAUAGAGAUAGAUGGCGGACAGACAGACCGAUGGAAAGAAAAGUCAGGCAGGUGAGCGAGUAGGUGGGUGCGGUGCAUCAUCCACAUAUCCGCUCAGGAAGCACCGCCUGCCUGCGUUCAUGUGUGUGUGUGUAGCUGGCUGUGUGUGUGUGGUGGCUGGCUGGCUGGCUGGCUGGCUGCAGCGGUCUCACAGAUCGCUUAGCUAGUGCUGGAGCUCAGCAACACACACAUGGAAUGGAACCGACAUAGAAACGGACGCACGGACGGACGGACAGAGGGAUGAGGUGAAGGUGAGGGUCAUGUCAUGUGCAGACAGAGCAUGUGCGUGUGGUGGGUGGUGCUGGGUGGGAUGGGCGAGUGGAUGGUGCCGACCGACCGAUGCCCCUGUACGUUUGUACUUCUACACCUGCUUGUGUGGGUGGGUGUAUGAGUGUAUGUGUGAAAGGCAGCUGAGCCGCAUUCAUUCAAUCAUC